CGUUGCAAUAUCAAGUCCCAUGGUGUUUCUGUUUUUUCUUUAAAAAAAGGUGGUACUCCUAAACAACAAACGCCGUUGUUUUCCCAAAUAAUAAUCACCCGAGUUUUCUAGACCUCCCGCAAACGCCAUUUCCACCGUCAAUCUUUCAAUCGAAUUUCACCGAUUUUCUUCUUCUAGGGUUUCUAUUCAAUCAAUUCGUUCGUUCAUACCUCAAUAAUCCCAAAAAAGAACAUGGAGGCGCAGAUCGAUUUUUUGCAAUGGCUUGAACCCGACAUGGCACUCAAGAUACUUACGUAUCUGGAUGACUCAGCUGACCUCAUUCGUGCGUCUGCUGUUUCUCGAUACUGGCAAAAUAUCGUGGUCUCUAACGGACUUAGCAAGCACCUCUGCAUUACAAGAUUUCCUGAGCUUGCUAGCAUCACUCGCGUAGACGAAGUGAGUCAUGACAACUCGGAACCGAGUCACAACUCGGCGGAGAUAGAGCACCGAGCCUAUGCUUCUCUUUUCCGGGCCCUGACAUCAUUCCCGCAAACUUAUUGCAUUGCCGAUCCCGUGAGUGCUUCAAGCACCGAUAAUUACCCAGAAGAAAGCAUCAUAAAUACGCUAGACCCAAGAGACAGAAUCCUGCAUCGGGACUCGUAUUGGUCAAGUACAGGAAGUGAUGAUCCAGAAGCACCCGAGACGUUGAUAUACAACUUAACAGCUAGUCUUUGCGUUAUAUCAGAAAUAGUUUUGCAUCCAUUUCAAGCUUUAUUUCAGAUGGAUUUCCCAAUAUACUCAUCAAAAGCUGUGCGAUUCCGAAUGGGGCAUCCGAAAUCUAGGGAUGAGUUAGACCAUGAUUUCAUGGAGACACAAGAAUGUGCAGACGACAAGUUUAUUUGGACGUAUACGUCUCCAAUUUUCCCUGUGGCACGGGAAAAUCGCUUACAGAGGUUCAAGUUACCCGAGCCCGUAGUCUGCAUCGGUGGUUUUUUGCAAAUUCAGUUGUUAGGUCGGGUUCAGGUACAAGCAGCAGAUGGCAAAUACUAUAUCUGUGUGGCUCACGUGCAGGCGAUAGGACGCCGAUUAUCACCUGCGUUUAGCGUCGAGUUUUCUGAACCGUCGAAUAGUGUGUCUCUGAAGUAUGAUGCUGUGGAAUUUGGAGUUGCAAUGAGUAAUGUUUCCAGUGGACGUAAUAAUUCGCUUAGUACAAGUUUACUUCCGGUACAACCUCCUCGACAACUAGCUUGGGGCAAUUUACAAGACUUUAUGCAAAUGGUACAAGCGCAUCCUGAUGGUGUUGAAUAUGAAUGGGUUGAUGAUGAUGAGUUUGAGAUUGUUUGAGAAGUGUGGUGAACAUGGGUAUACUGUGUUUGUCUUGUGCAGUAUAACUUGGUAGUAGCUAGUUUCUGGUACUAGAAGCUUCUUCGGUCUUGAUUUCGUGUUGACUUUAAGACCGUUGUUUGACUUCCUGAGCUGAAUCCGUGCAAAAAAUGGCUUUUUUUUACUAAGAUUUCUAAUGUUUGUGUU